UGACUCUCGAAUUGUUCUAACAAAGCAAUAAACCUGUUGUGGAUUAUAUCACCAUCAUUAAGAAUUCUGUCUACCUCAAGUUUGACCUGUGGUGUUUUGAGACUAAACCCACAUUUGGCUUUCUGGAAUUUUGAUCCUUGUGGUCCAUGACAGGAGGAUGUUUUAAUGAUUGAACAGAGUAAGACUUUGAGCUGAGUUUUUAAACAAGUUCUGGACCUCAGACUUUUUGAAGGUAAAAUCUCUUUCACCUUCUUUCUAUCUUUCCAUCUACUUUGUUGAAAAUGGAAAGUGGGUGUAUUGGUACUGGUACUGGUAAUCAGCUUCUCCAUGUGGACCUCCGUAUUGAUGAGCACGAACCUCGAAGAGGAAUCCUAGAGCUCCUUAGCAGACUCCGUCCCUGUUGGAAGGCACAGGAAAUCCAGAUGAAGACCUUCACAGAGGGCAUCACCAACCAGCUGAUUGGCUGCUACGUGGUGUCUCUCCAGGAGCCCGGCUGUGUUCUUGUGCGACUAUACGGCAGAAAGACGGAGCUCUACGUGAACAGGGACCGGGAGGUGGAGAUGUUCCAGGUCUUCCACGCCCACGGGUGUGGUCCACAGAUCUACUGUAGCUUCCAAAAUGGCAUCUGCUAUGAGUUUGUCAGAGGGACGGUGCUGGAUGAUGAGCUGCUCCGGCAACCCUCCAUCUACAGAUUGAUCGCAGCAGAGAUGGGGAGAAUCCACUCUAUCCAGCCAAAAUGUGGUCGGACUGUUGAACCCUUUCUCUGGACAAAAAUGUCCCACUUUCUCACACUGGUAGAGAGCAGCAGUAUAAACAACAGCCCGGUUGAGCAACGCUGCACAAAAAGCUUCGCAGCUCUACGAGAGGUGCCCAGCUUUGAGACUUUGUCGGCCGAGAUGGAAUCAUUGAAGAGACACCUUUCACAGAUUGACUCUCCGACUGUCCUCUGCCACAACGACCUUCUCACAAAAAAUAUCAUCUACAACCACAAAGAAGGGAUAGUGAAAUUCAUUGACUACGAGUACGCCGAUUACAACUACCAGGCCUUCGAUAUUGGCAAUCACUUCAAUGAAUUUGCUGGUGUGAAUGAUGUUAACUACAACCUCUACCCGAGCUGGGAGCUGCAGAGGGACUGGCUGACGGCCUAUCUGGAGAGUUACAAGCACAGCACAGGACAUGAGGUCACUGUCACAGAGGCAGAAGUUACGCAGCUCUACGUUCAAGUCUGCAAAUUCUCACUGGCAUCCAACUUCUUCUGGGGUCUGUGGGCCAUCCUGCAGUCACGGUUCUCCUCGAUUGAUUUUGACUUCCAAAGAUAUGCCAUGGCACGACUCAACUACUACUUUGAGAAGAAAGAGGAAUAUUUUGGACUGUCUAUAAUCUAGAAACCAAGACCAAAGGACCAGCAUUUUUUAAAAUCAGAUGCAGCAUAACUCUGUACUGUUAGACGUCAGCGAUUUGGCCAAUGUCCUUCUUCUAUCCUACAAUACUACUUUCCAAAUCAAAUGUGGAAAUGAAGGCGUAGAAUAAGCUUAUACUGUACAUGUGCUCCCCUUUGUGUUAUUUCAGGCUGUAGUGUCAGAUAAUAUGUUUUGCUAUCACUGUGAUUUUUAAAAUAUUUGUUUUACCACAGUCAGUAUGCCGAUAAGCCUUUUUGGCAAAUUGAGAUGAAUACUGUGCCAGAAAGACAUUAAUUGUUCCCACAUUUAACCGAGUCGCAUGAAGCCACAAAAACUAAGCCUGAUCAUAAAACCCAUAAGAGGGUUAUUUGCAUGCUUAUUCAGUGUGUACCACAGCUCUGAUGGAAAACAAGUUUCCAUUUCAAGUUAUUUACUGGACCAAGAAGUGCAUUAUUUUAAAUUGCUCACUUUCCUCAGGACUAUUGUUGUAAAGCUGCUUUUUUAAACCUUACAGGAUGUUAUCCCAUCAUACAGUAAAUUGCAGUUUUGAUCUUUCUUUUCCAAAUUCAUCGACACUAUUUAAGUGUAUUAAGGCAAAGUUUGAGUCUGAAAUAGGUCUUUGGAGCAAUUUAUGAACCAUGUCAUAAACUGAUCUUGAUUUUAUUAGAUAGGUAAAUGCGCAAAGCCAGACAUUUGACUGAAUUACAGAAUGAUUGCAGCACCCAGAAAUAUUCACUGGCUGACUGAAAGUGCUGUACUGCACUUCAGUUUGAUUUAACCUCUAACAGACCCUUUCCACAGUGUCAUAGCAAGGAAACACUAUAGCAGCUUAUGGAAUCAAUAGGUUUAAUGGUGCUACUUAGCUGACAUACUGUUGUCAAUACUUUUAAAACUAUAUUAAACUCACACAACAACUUAACAAGCUGCAGUUGCUUUUUUGUCAUUGUUGCCCUCUAAAAUGGUUUUGUUAAAGGACAGUAAUCAAACGUACAUUUAUCUGGUUACAGAAUUUAUUCAUACAAUAUUUCUGUACGUAACCAUCUUAAAAUGAUUUACAGCGUGGGAGGUCUUUCUUUGCAGCAGACAUUUUGGCUUGUCUUUGCAGGAAGGCUAAUAACAAUAACAAUGGCUCUGUUCCAUUUAUGUUCAUCCAGAUCAAUGCUAGGAAGCAAGCAAGCUUGAACCUAGAAUUGAAAUACAUUCAUAGAUUACACUGUAGCAAAGAUUAAUAAAGUUUAACGUGCUUUUCCUGCUAUAACAUGUCAAAGGCGUAUAGUGUCAGUCAAUUAGAGUAGUGGCAGAUUAAUAAUACUACUUGGACCACACCUCCAACAUUAGGGGUGAUGCCAGGAAAUCAAGAUCAUGCCUAAAAUAUGUAGCAACUGCCAAAUGUGAUCCCGUGUACAUUUAGCAUUUGAACAAGUACGUAGGGGCUCAAACUCAGCAGAAUCGUAUUAGGUAGAAGUAUCAUGGAUGAGCAUAAUGCACAUCGACAAAGAUCCAGGACAAAGAGACAAAGAUAUAUAUAUUUUUUCUUUUAGAGGCCGGACUCCACGAAUGCUGCUGUCUUUAUCUAACCUGAGAGGAACUCACAUGUCAAAGCUUUGUCAUAUACAUUAAUACAUACGUUUAUUUCUAGCAGUGCAGUUUGUUAAGGCACCGUGUAAAUUAAAAAAUAAAUGUCUCCAGGCAGUUACUGACAAAGAGCUGAAAGCAGAAGCAUUACUUUUGCAUUGCAAACAUUGUGUUGACAAAUAUUGCAUUAUGUUUUGUUAAGUAGAUUUUGGUUAAAAAUCGAGUCAGAAUAUUAGCUUUGUUAUUUUUAAGUUCUGCUCAUGAACACUAAACAACAAACUAGACACUGCAACCAAACUUUCCCCCUCUCCUCUGAAGUAGUGCCCUCAAACUAGAGCAUCUGAAAUGGGUGUUUCACAUUUUUACAUUGUAAAAUCUGACGUUGGUUUUCCUUAAAAACCUGUAUGAAACUACAUGAACAAGUUAAGAACAAGGAAAUUUUGCUUUUCAUUUUCAAGUUCACAAAAUUAAGUAAAUACUACUAAACUUCAAGUAACCAUGACACCAGAUAUAAAUGUAACAUAAUAAAGAGUUUUAGUUGUACUUACUUUACUUUUUCUGUUUGCAAGAUUUUUUACAUAAUAUCAACUUGUUAGAUUUUACAGUGUAUGCUUCAAACAUAGAUAAAUGCAAGGUUAUAUAUCACAAACAAAACAAUAUCAAGAGACAAAAAUGAGCAGCGUAAUUAAUAGGUUCCACACAUGUCAAAUUUAACAUUUCACUGGGUGAUCUGAGGCUACAAGAUGUUUUAAGAUCAAAAGCUUCUUCUUUGUUUGAAGGUGGCUCAAAGUGAUCAAAGUUGUUUCUAAUGUGGUUAAUGUUGCUGAUCCCACCUUGGAUCAAUAGCUGUGCAUAUUUUCAUGUGAGGCAGAACUGCAGGGUACAGUAGUUCAGGUAACACAAAAUGAAUUUCACUUACUGUAGUAACACAACCUUGUGCCCCACAAAUGGUGUGUAAACACAACUAAAUUACAUUACACAGUACAUUCUGUAGGUAAUUCCACCUGGAUUAUGUUCAUUUGCGACAUAUUGCUCCAAUACAAAGUACUGAGACUUUGUAAUACUGCAGUGAAUAUUUGUGGAGAUGAUGGCGGGUGUAUGGCAGAGCAUACAAUGCUCAUUAGUUCAACUCUCUAAUCCCUCAAAUCAGCAUUGAAUUUUUCAGCGUUUAACUAAGACCACAACCUUUCUCAAAAUUUAACCAAGUGCUUUGGUUGCCUACCCCUGUGAUGUAUUUGCCAUUACCACAAUAUUUCCAGAAUCUUCACCAAGUGCUUUGAGUUGCCCAAACAUAAUCAUGAAGCUCUCGGUCAUGCUUUAGUUGCCAGGAGCAGAUAUUUCAGGGAAAACAAGUGAAAAACUUUGAGAGUGAAGCCGAUCAAUCUCACCACAGGGUUCAAGGUUUAGUAGCUGUUUUGGAGCUUUUGAUUACAUCAUUUAACACAUUUGCCAUGGAAUUGGAUGCUCACAAAUCCAUUUUUUCUGCACACUCUAAUGGUUAUGUUUGGACGACUUGACUUGACAGAUGAUUCUGAUGGUAUUCUUGGAGCCCCCUAGCCUAUUACAGUCAACCUAUUGUUGAGAGUCUUGGUGUGUUUUUGACGGUUCCUUCAAAUCUAAUAAACAGUUGACAAACAAGCUUUUUCCAGGAAAGACUUUAAGACAAUAAAAGCAAAGGCCUAUCUUUCUCCAAAUAUCUUGAAAGCAUCAUUCGUCUUUUUAUUACCUCUUAGAUUGCUGAAAUUUUUGUAUGCGAAUUAAGAACAGUCAUCUUUUCGUCAUCUGCAAUUAGUAAAAAAUGCAGCUGCUUGUCUUAUAAAUGGAAAUGGUAAGUGUGACCACAUAACACCAGUAUUGUUCUCUCCACUGUUUCUCCUCACAGUUUCCUCACAGAAGACUGAUUUUUGAUAUUUUAUUUCUUCUUUUUUCAGGUUUUGUUUGGGCUGGUGCACUCCAGUUGAAGCACUGAGGUCAGCUAAUAAGAUAUUCCUGGAUGUUCCCAGAUCUAGACACAGAAACAGUAGUAAUUAGCAAGUUUUUGGUAGAUUACGUUUAAGACCUAGUUGGACAUUGUUAGGGGGUAAGUAACCAAAAAACCGUAGCUCUAUAGAGAUUAAAACAUGACAUAAUGGUCUGUGUAUCUUUUGAUCAUUUGAUUUUCCAUUCAAAAACGGGUAUUAAAAAUUUAAAAAAUGGGUGGUUAUUGGAUUUUAGUUAAAAAAUGCAAAAAUUAAAAUUGAAAUA